UAAGGUUCUUGCUUCUAUAUGUCCUCCCCAUUUUUAAUAUCCAUAAGCUAAAUUAUUGUAGGGAAAGUUAGAGUUUGAGUACAUGCAUGAAGAGAGAUGAAGACUAGUUCUCUUUUGAGUGUGUUUCUUGUGUGUUUGUGGUCCAGUGUAGCACUAGCUAAGGCCCAACCUUCAAGUGUUAAUGUGGGGGUGGUUCUGGCAAUGGAUUCAUUGGUGGGGAGAGUGGGAAACAUGUGCAUAAGCAUGGCCCUUCAAGAUUUCUACAAGGACCACCCUGACUUCACCACUAGACUCACUAUCUCUUGGAGAGAUUCCGGUAGCGAUGUUGUCCAAGCUGCUGCAGCUGCUUUGGACCUGAUGAAGAAUGUGGAGGUGCAAGCUAUAAUCGGUCCACAAACAUCGGCAGAGGCCAAAUUUUUGGUUGCUCUUGCAAACAUAUCCCAAGUUCCCCUUCUCUCUUUCUCUGCAACCUCUCCUUCCCUCUCCUCCACCAACACUCCUUACUUUGUAAGAGCGACCAUUAAUGAUUCGGUGCAAGCCAAACCCAUAGCGGCUCUCUUCAAAGCCUAUGGUUGGAGGCAAGCUGUUGCCAUAUACGAAGAUACAGAAUAUGGAGCGGAAUUCAUUCCGUAUGUAAACGACGCCCUCUUAGAAGUCGGCUCUCGCCUUCAACAUAGAACUGUUCUUCCUACCUCAGCUUCGAAUGAGUUAAUCGAUGAGGAGCUCUACAAACUCACGACUAUGCAAACUCGAGUUUUCAUAAUCCACAUGACUUCUCCUAUAGCCGCUCGCUUAUUUUUACGGGCUGAACAACUCGGUAUGAUACGCAAAGACUAUGUUUGGAUUAUAACUGAUGGGCUCUCUACUCUCUUGGAUUCCAUGGACCCUUUAAUCAUAGCUUCAAUGCAGGGGGUUUUGGGGGUGAAAUCAUACAUAGAAAAGACUAAACGUUUGGCCAAUUUCACAGCUAGGUGGAAGCUAUAUUACAGAGAGGAGUACCCUAAAGAAAUAGAAAUCCCUCCAUUAAAUGCUUUUGGUCCAAGAGCCUACGAUGCCACCUGGGCUCUAGCUCUUGCAGUCAAGAAAUCUGGUACUAGAGCCAUCAAGUUCCGGCAACCAAUUGCCAGAAAAUUGACCCGAAAUUCGACUGACCUCUUGACUCUAGGAAUUUCUCCAGUAGGCCCGAGGCUCUUAGGCGCAAUCUUAGCCACCAAAUUCACAGGCUUAACUGGAGAUAUUCGUUUUCCUAAUGGAGAAAUCCACGAUUCCAUUUUCCAAAUAAUCAACAUCAUCGGGAAAGGCACUAGAGAAAUCGGGUUUUGGACACCAAUGUAUGGCCUCUCACCUGAUCUGAACCGGACAGCUUUGAAGAAAAAGAAUGGUUAUUCGGCCAGUGUGGUCGAUCUCAGACCAGUGAUUUGGCCUGGUGAACCAACUCUUGUGCCUAAAGGUUGGGUUAUCCCUACAAAUGGAGUUAAGAUGAAGAUUGGUGUUCCCAUAAAAGAUGGUUUCAAAGAGUUUGUUAAGGUGGACAGAGACCCAAUUCACAAUGAACUGAGGGUGACAGGUUAUUCUAUUGAGGCUUUCUAUGGAGUGUUGAAGGUUUUACCCUAUGCAUUGCCUUAUGAGUUUAUUCCUUUUGAAGAUAGUGAAGGAAAAAUGGCAGGAAGCUACGAUGACCUGAUCUACCAAGUUUUUCUUGGGAAAUAUGAUGCCGUGGUGGGUGAUGUUAUUAUAACCGCAAAUCGAUCAAACUAUGUCGACUUCACGCCCCCUUAUACAAAGUCAGGGGUAAGUAUGAUAGUGCCCACAAAGAAGAUGCUUAGAGGGUGGGUGUUCUUGCAACCUUUAACAUGGGAGCUAUGGGUGACCACAACAUGUUUCUUCUUCAUCAUGGCAUUUGUAGUUUGGGUUUUGGAGCAUAGAAUAAACAAAGAUUUUCGUGGGCCGGUGAUAGAACAAGUCGGAAGGGCUCUCUAUUUCUCCUUCUCGACGCUCGUAUUUGCGCAUCGUGAUCAGGUAAAAAGCAAUUUGUCACGGUUUGUAAUCAUCCUUUGGCUAUUUGCUGUGCUCAUAUUGAGUAAUAAUUACACAGCAAAUUUGGCCUCAAUCCUCACCGUUCAACAAUUACAACCCGCAUUCACAAAUGUGCACACGUUGAUUAAGAAUGGUGAUUACGUGGGAUAUUCAAGCAAUUCUUUUGUUCAGAAUCUCUUAUUGAAAUUGGGAUUCCAUGAAUCAAAAUUGAGGCCAUAUGGCACUGUCGAAGAAUAUAAAAAUGCCAUGUUGAAAGGAAGCUCCUGUGGUGGUGUUGCCGCGAUCUUCGACCAGGUCCCCAAAAUCGAAGUGUUUCUCUCUUACUACAGUGACAAAUUCACCAUGGCUGGGCCAACUUUCCCAACUGGGGACUAUGGUUUUGUCCUCCCGAAAAACUCCCUCCUACUUUCUGAUUUUUCCACUGCGAUCCUCAACAUAACACAAGGAGGCAAGAUGGAGGCUAUAAAGAAAACUUGGUUUGGCAAAAAAAUAGUAGAACCAGACUCCUCAUCACCCGACACCGCCCGGAUUCGGCUUAGCCUUAGUUGUUUUUGGGGCCUCUUCCUAAUUGUAGGGGUUGCCUCAUUUGCAGCCGUAAUCUGGUUCUGCAUUCGCUUCUGGAUCGAGAAUCGCAAUAGCAUUACACUAGAUGAACUAGGGCUAUGGCAGAGAGUCAAGGAAAUAGCUAGACUCUUUAAUGAGAGGAACAGUUCUCACAUUUUUAGGAAAAGAAAAAGUGAGAAAGAAGUGGAGUUCAAAACCUUUUGUGCCUUAGCAACUAUGGGUAGCUUUUUGAGCUUUACUGCAUCUAGGAAAGGGCAUUAUAAUGGAGCAAUCACACCAACUCUUGGAUCCUCAGCCUCGGAAGAUAAUCCCUCCAUUGAAUCACUCUCUCCCAUGGAUUAUUCUGGUGAUAAUGCACUCAUCCAAUGUAGAGAUAUUCCAUAG